AUGUCUCAAGUGAUACCACAGUCUCUUGAUCCCACGACCCGCUACCUCUCCACCACGCAAGCCUACGAUCUUUGGUCGGCUGUGUAUGACACAGAUGGUAACUUUCUGCAGGCGUUGGAUACGAUCGAGAUGAAAACUCUCAUGCCAAGAAUGCUCGAAAUUCUAGAUGAAGACUCCUAUCCUCGACCGUGGACAAUGGUGGACUUGGGCUGUGGAACGGGCAGGAACACAGCAGCUUUGCUGGAGGUGGAACGUGCUGCGUCAGUAGUUGGGCUUGACCUCAGUCCUGGCAUGCUCGAGGUGGCAAAAGAACGACUGCAGAAAUUCCACGCAAGUGGCAAGCUGCAACUCAAGGUUUAUGACAUGGUGCAAGAGUCAAUGCCGCCAGAGUGUGCCAUCGGCGCGGAUGCCGUCGUGUCGACACUGGUCAUCGAACAUAUCCCUGCGGACGUCUUCUUCAGCACAGUCGCCAAAAUCCUCAGACCCGGGGGUAUCUUAGUAUUGACAAACAUGCACUCAGAAAUGGGCAAAAUCAGCCAGGCUGGUUUCAUCGAUCCGAAAACGGGUGAAAAGAUUCGUCCAACCAGCUACUCCCAUACAUUGGUUGAAGUCGAAGCGGCCGCUUUGAAAAGCGGGUUUGAAGUGCUUGGACAGAUCAAAGAGAAGACUGUGGAUGAGUCAAUGGUAGCAACCCUGGGACAAAGUCCCUCAAUCGGAGAAGAAGCCGCGCAAGAGGCGGUUUCUGUGUCGGACUAG